AUGUCAUUCACUGGCUCUCAUUUUGGAAGGAAUUCAGUCGCCAUCGCAGAUACACCAACAGCUUCGCACUGGGAAGCGGCCGUUCACCUGAUCCGUGUGUGCGAAGAGACUCAUUCAGUUAACCCACCUUGUGAUGCUCCGCGAGUUCACACUGGGGAGCAGUCAUUCACCUGUUCAUACUGCGGUAAGGGAUUUACUUGCUCAUCUAAACUGGAGGUACACCAGCGAGUUCACACUGGGGAGAGGCCGUUCACCUGCUCAGUCUGUGGGAAGAGAUUCACUCAGUCAUCCACCCUACAGAGUCAUCAGCGAGUUCACACCGGGGAGAAGCCAUUCACCUGCUCAGUCUGUGGGAAGGGAUUCACUCAGUCAUCUACCCUACAGAGACACCAGCAAGUUCACACUGGAGAGAGGCCGUUCACC